GGUCAGCGGUAUCCCCGCGAAGCCCCUGAUCCAUUGUGUCCACCCCGCGUGUCUUCCUCUUUCUCGUGGCCCUCCGCCAUCUUGUAUUAGUGUCUGCGCUGUAAAUUUGGGGCGGUAAGAUGCAGAUUUUCGUUAAAACUUUGACCGGCAAGACCAUCACCCUUGAGGUCGAACCCAGUGAUACAAUCGAAAAUGUCAAGGCUAAAAUCCAAGACAAGGAAGGCAUUCCUCCAGACCAGCAACGUCUUAUCUUUGCUGGUAAGCAGCUUGAAGAUGGUCGUACCCUUAGCGACUACAACAUCCAAAAAGAGUCAACCCUACACUUGGUGCUGAGGCUGCGUGGUGGUGCGAAGAAGCGCAAGAAGAAGAACUACACCACCCCUAAGAAGAUCAAGCACAAGAAGAAGAAGGUCAAGCUUGCUGUCCUCAAAUACUACAAGGUUGAUGAGAACGGCAAGAUCACUCGUCUGCGUCGUGAAUGCCCCUCUGAGUCCUGCGGGGCCGGUGUGUUCAUGGCAAGCCACUUUGACAGGCAAUACUGUGGCAAAUGCUGUCUUACCUAUGUAUUUAGCAAGCCUCAGGAGGGCAAAUAGAUGGAAUAAUAAACAUCUUUGAAUAUG